UAUUAUAACGAUGGCGACCACGACGACGACGACAAAGGCGUAGAAGGAGCUGACGCGAUAUUACAUUGCUGCCCUGACCGGUUAGCGAGCGAGAGUGCAAAAAGUAUAACAAAAUGUGCUUCGGCAAUAAAAUCGACUCAACUCGGCGUGACAGUUUUCCAUUUUGCAUUCGGAAAUAAGCGCAAGCCGUCAGCAAUAUAUAACCAGCCGACAAUGUUGUAGCUCGAGUGUGGAAUGGAAUUGUAUUUUGCGAUGGAGGAACUUGCUUGCUGGCGCAGAACUGUUGGUGAAUGCACAAUUUUAGCGUAGAGUUUUCUACAUCUACUAUCCGAUUCUCGACAGCUCGCUAGAUAAUACCAGAUUCUUGUUUGUUGAAGGACAACAACAUGGUACUACUCCAACCAAAGCGCGAUGUGUUUGGCUUUGAGUCUGAAAAACAUGUAACCUUAGCCUGUGGCGUAGCAGAUGGAGGCAAAAGGCAAAGAGUGGUCCCAUCAGUGUGUAAAGUGAGGAGGCGCAGCAACGCCAAGAGUAGCGAGUUUUAGACACAGCAGAAACACACCAAUGCCGCUGGCUUUAAUUUAUGACCUUACAAUGCCUCAACGUCUACGGUUUGCCUUGGCGACUAGUCAACGUUGCUGUCGACGUGGUCGCCGCUUUGGAUUCGUGGCGACUGGCUGGUUCAGACGAGAGAGCAAAAACAUGUCGGGAAUUUUAAAAUAUUUAAUAAAGUAUACAAAAUCUUCGAGGAAAAGGGAGAAACGCGUGGCCGCAUGGUUACACGUGAGGAAAACGGCAACCCGAAACAACAACAACAACAGCAACUCACAUCGGUGGCAUAAAAGCAUGAUGGCGACGCUGAAAAUAAACAUGCAUAUAGGAGCGGUAGCGUUACGCCAUGGCUGUCGUCGUUCUUGACGUAGAAACUUUUCAGAUAUGAAUCCACUUGGGAGCGACAGGCAUAAAUAUGGAGAUGCACGUCGCACCUGGCAAUUGUCAUCUCGAGUGGGAACGCCGUCAAAUGUCAUCUUGGAGCUGUUUGUAAACUGCGUACAUAAUGUUCGUUUUCUUGUGUGCUAUUUUCAGAAUAUACCAAACAUACUAGGACGAAGCGGAAUUCUGGCAAGUGCGGCUUACGGGUCGCACGCUGCUGCCGGGGCCUGGUGGGGGCAACACUCCCAUUCAGUGCACACAGCCGGUGCUGCCAUGUACGAAGACCCCACCGGAGGCCACGCAGGUGUUGGAGGAAGGAGUCCACCGUCCCUACAGAAUACCACCCACAGCACAAACCAUAUCGUACAGCAGCAACAGCAGGCCCAACAACAGGCAGCAGCACAACAGGCACAGCAACAACAACAGCAGCAGGCACCCCCUCAGGUGCCAUCACAGGCCCCAUCACAACAGACUAAUUCCUCCAGCACCGGUCAGCAGAACAGCUCGGUCGUGUCCUCCCAGACACAGAUCGUGGCCCCUUCUACGGCCAGUGAAUCACCUGCCAGCGUGAGCUCCCAACCUUCAGGCCCUAUUCAUAUACCAGCAAAACGUCCAGCGUUCGAGACGGAUUCGUCCCGCCUGAGGCACUCCUAUCCGUGGGGUUACGACUCGGGGGCCGACUCGGCCUACCAUCCGCAGUACCCGUACGGCCUGGGGGCCGACAUCAAGCCCAUGUACUACCCGGGCUACCCAACCGAUGCCAACUUUCAACCACACCCCUACUAUCCAAAGUACGAACCGGACGCGUACAUCGCCUCCACCGAGCGGUCCCGGGGCGUAACGGCGGACGCACCUUCACUUCAAUCCAGCUACGAUACCUACAACACCCCCGGGCUGCGGCCGUACUCCAGUGAAACAUAUCCUAAUCCUGUUGGUUCGAGCAUUUCGGUGGGGGUAAGCGGAGUAGGAUCCUGCACACCGUCCAACCCGCUGGAGUGGACCGGCAACGUGACGGUACGGAAGAAGCGAAAACCGUACUCGAAGUUCCAGACGCUCGAGUUGGAGAAAGAGUUCCUAUUCAAUGCCUACGUUUCCAAGCAGAAGCGAUGGGAACUGGCCCGGAAUUUGAACCUGACUGAGCGACAGGUGAAAAUAUGGUUCCAAAACCGGCGGAUGAAGAACAAAAAGAACUCCCAACGGCAGCAGGCCCAGUCCAACAACAGCAGUAGCAGCAACUCGAGCCACAACCACGGCCAGCAGCAAUCGCAUCACAAUCCGCACCACCUGAAUCUGGGUCUCGGAAUGCCACUGCAUGGGUCCAAGAUGCACCAGUGACCCUUGGAGCACUCCCACGCCCAGGACGACGGCACUGGACAGCAACAUCAGCAGCAGCAGCACCAGCAGCCACAACAACAACAACAACAGCACGGGCAGCAGCUGAAGAUGGAAAUGUGUGACGUCCCGACCGCUCCGAUGUGCAGCCACAUCCCGCACCCGCAUCUGAUCAACUAUCACCACUAGAUUCGGGACGGGAUCCUGGCGGGGACCCACUAGGGUCGAGCACCCCUUGAUAAUACGUAACAAAUGCGCUAGAUGAAGAAAAUAAUAUCGAGCAUCCAGGCCACCAGUACUAAAAACUGCUUCUCCAGUGUGUGUCGUCGUUGUGCGAAAAGUGAACUACUGAUAAAACACUAAACUAAUUCAAAGAAAAAUCAUAUGACUUGUAAAUAGUACAAUUAAGUUAAAUCGAGUGAGGAAAGGAAGGGAUAGCGAUUCUCUGCCCUUUUUGGGAACUGAUAUCUCUAAAGAACUAAAGCAGAGAAACCAUAAUCCCAGUAAAGUUAGUGAAUAUCUAGGAUUUGACAAAAUUCAUUCAUUGAAAAACAAAACAAAAAAAGUGAAAAAUUAUAAGAAAAAGGAAAAUUUUAUUUCCUCGGUUAUAGGUUUACGUACAAGUUAAACGAACAAAAACUAAAACUCGUAGAAAUCGUGGAUCGAACAUUGUGAAAAUGGCAUGAAGGCAAAAGUAUGUGAUCAUUAUUUUAGUUGAGUAGUAUUCGUCGUCCUUCGCAUCACGGUGUUUAAGUUCCCCUCCCGUCCCCGUCCUCUUCCUCCAUGUUUUACCCCACCUCCGUUCCUCGUUCGUUUGCUCGUUCUCGCACAACAGCAUUUGUAGCAGACUUUCAGCUUCGGUUUUUGCUCAGUUUUACCUUCGUUGUUGGGGCGUUUGAUGGCGAGAAGCUUCGGGGUGCUUACUGCUCGGGAAGCAUCACGUCUCGGUCCCGGUGUCAAGCGUAGUUGAAAUUCUGUCGAUAGAAGAAACAAGCAGAAGACUCUUGUAUUAGUUUUAUAAUAUGAGUUAUGAUUAGGAGAUGUUAAUCGAAAGUACGUUCUUUUUGGCGUUCUUUUUUUUCUGUUGCCGGAUGCCUUAUUUCCCCCGAUUCAUACCAGUGACGUUUCUAGACUAUGUUUAUUUCCCAGUUGCUCCAUGCUCCAUAUAUCUGUUGCAAACAAUAAUCGAACGGCUGAUUGUUGAUUUUUGAAAAGUCGAAAAAAGGGCUGAUGAAUUAUGAUUGUAUUUCACUAUCGAGUGCAUGAUCGGUGUCAGUUAGUACAUACUAAGCAUUCUUUUAUAGUUCAGAAAGAUAUUGAAGAGUUCAGUUGACAUCAUGUAAAAUCUGUAUUCAAAUUCAGAUGAAUAUAAGGAAGCAUUUUCUAUACGUUUUUAUGUGCAGUUACUUCACUGUAAAGUAUCUCACAAUUUAAAAAAAUAAUAUUAUUACUAUUGACACCGUUCAAGCAUAUGAAAGCAGAAACAUCUGAUUUACAUCUGUCAAGCACCUAAUAUCAAACAGGUUGAUUCUAGACAAACAAGCUUGUGUUCUGUUGAAACUUUUAUUUGCUCAUACAACCAUAAACAAAUACAAAAGCUAGUGAUGUUCUUUUUUUUCAGUUGAAUAAUGGAAAACCAAAAAAAUCAAAACGGAUUAUCAUUGAUAACUGCCCUACUGUUUCGUUUUCUUUUGCAAGUUGUCAGUUGUUUUAGAGACAUUUCUAUUCUUAUAUAAUUUUAGAAUGACUACCGGGAUGAUUGCAAAUCUUUUACGUUGAAGAAAGCGUAUGAUUAUUUAUGUAUGUAUUCUUAUUUGUACAUAUACACUAAAAAAAUCAACAACUUUUGGAUCUAAGAUUGAUAGUUAAGCGAUAAGGAUACUAGUGCUAAAGAUAAAGUAUAAUGUGUCUCCAGACGAUAGAAAAAUUGUAACACUGAGCAAGAGCAGACAUUCUAUUUCUUAAAGUAAAACAUCAAAACCAGUUUUGAAAUUAUAAAAUGUGCUCAAAUUUUCAUAAAGCAAAACAACCAUAACUUAAGUAAUGACGAUGAUAUUAAGAGCGAAACAAAAUCAUGUUUAAAUAGACAGAACAAAAGUCAAGCAUAAUCGUACUGUGUAAAAUCCAGUUUCUAUCUACACCCAUUAUUAGUGACGUUAUUCUCUAUUCUGCCACCAAAUAGAUUCAGUUUUCAAUCCGUACUAGGACAUUGGACAUAACGCCCAGUUACUUCCAUUUUGGAAUCAAAAAGAAGCCUCUCAAACGAAUUUCAAACCGUUUCUAAACUAUCGGAAAUGGACGAGUCUUUUCCCCCUAGUUUACUCAAACGAAAGUAGGACUAUCCAGAUCGCUGCAGCAGUCGAAUAAAUUUCUAAAAAAAAAAACAACUAAACAAACCGAAUCAUGUAAAUAGAACGUUUGUGCGAUAGAUCAGAAUUAGCUGGCGAAUCCCUAUGCUACAAUAAUUUCCUGCAAAUCGCGCGUGCAACAAAGGAUACAAAAACCAUAAAACAAUCUUCGUACGCCCAACCUCUAAUGAGGAGGCGAACGCGUGUAAGUGAAAAAAAAACAACUAAUUGCUGAAUAAAUCAUAAACCAUGAUAAGAGAAUAACGCAAAUGUAAUGAAAGAACAUUUUAACUAUUGUAAUUUAAAAUUAAUUAGUUUUAAAAAUAAUGACUUUAAAUAAACGUAUUAAUAUAUUGACGGGG